AUGGCAGGCUAUUCGACAACAACAGCUGCACUGAGUUGGUUUAUUCAUUUGAUGAGUAUACAUCCUGAAGUGCAGAACAAAGUCAAGAAAGAAUUGGCUCAGUAUAAUAUGCAAUCGCUCUCCGUCGAACAACUCGAUUCCUUCAGCUAUUUGGAUUGUGUUCUUCGUGAAGUAUUUCGCUUUGUACCACCUAAUUUCGGCAUACUACGCACACUUACUGUCGAUGAUCGAUUGCCAUCGACGGGAGCUGAAUUGAGAAAAGGCGAUCUCGUGCUCAUUGCCAUCCAUAACCUGGGACGAGAUAGACGUUAUUGGCUAGGACCAGUUGAUCCUGAUCAGUUUUAUCCUGAACGAUUCCUAGUAGAAGAUAACGAUAUCAAUAAUAACAAAGCAGCAUCCAUUCCAUUUGGUGGUGGUCAUCGCCAAUGUAUUGGUCAAGAUUUGGCUCGAUUGAAGGUGAAGGCUAUUUGUGCUCGACUCAUGCAACGUGUGACAUUCGGUGAUGGUGGACCGAAAGUCAAUUCCGGGGAAUAUGCCGGCGAUGGUGGAGAUGCAAUCAUACCCAAACGGAUGGGUGUCACAAUCACAUUCGACUCUGAUGAUGACACCUAA